GCCGCACGCCCUCCAGGCCCCGCCUGCCUUCUUCCGGUCGGCUCACGGACUCUGUCCCGCAGGUCUUCCCGCGACAUGGCUCCGCUACGCUUCUCGGCCAACCUGUCCUGGCUGUUCCCCGAGCUCUCUGGCCUCCCCGCGCGGCUCCGGGCAGCCGGCAGCUUCGGCUUCGAGGCCACUGAGGUGGCCUGGCCAUACGCGGAGCCGCCCGAGGCGCUGGCGCGCGUGGCUCGGGAAGCGGGGCUGAGGGUGGUGCUGAUCAACACGCCCCCGGGAGACCAAGAGAAGGGGGAAAUGGGGCUAGGGGCCGUUCCCGGGAGACAGGCGGCCUUCCGAGAGGGAUUGGAGCAGGCUGUGCGUUACGCCAAGGCUCUGGGUUGUCCCAGGAUUCACCUGAUGGCUGGCCGAGUACCACAGGGAGGGGAUCGAGCAGCAAUGAGGGGUGAGAUGGAGACAGUUUUUCUGGAGAACCUGAGGCACGCAGCUGGGGUUUUGGCUCAGGAGAACCUCGUGGGACUGUUGGAGCCCAUCAACACCCGUGUCACUGACCCCCAGUACUUUCUGGACACACCCCAGCAGGCGGCAGCCAUCUUACAGAAGGUUGGAAGACCCAACCUCCAAUUACAAAUGGACAUAUUCCACUGGCAGAUCAUGGAUGGGAACCUGACAGGAAACAUCCAAGAGUUCCUGCCUAUUGUUGGGCACGUGCAGGUGGCACAGGUUCCAGGCCGAGGGGAGCCCAGCAGCCCUGGAGAGCUGAACUUCUCCUAUCUGUUUCAACUGCUGGAAGAUGAAGGCUACAGAGGCUUUGUGGGCUGCGAGUAUAAGCCUCAAGGAGACACAGUGGAGGGCUUAAGUUGGCUACGUUCAUACUGGGACAGGCGGGGCCGCCCACAGGCUGGCCAGUGAGAUCCUGCAAACCACCCACCUGCCUCUCUGAGACAGUUCAUGAGCAUCCCGAGUCCUCCUCUACAUUAAAGAUGACCUGCUGAA